AUGGGAAACAGAAUUCAAGGUUUUUUUGCCGGUGCAGCUCUCACUGGUUUUUUGGCAACAACUACUGUUGGAUACAUGCGCUCGCUCAAUACAGUCAACUCUAAACUCCUUCGCGACACCCAAGAUAUCAUCACCACCAGAAUUCUCAGUGACAGAAAUAGCGAAGACGAACUAGCUCCACUCAAUAGACGUGUUCUGUGGUCAACCAGACCUUCCGUUUGGGAAACGUGCAAGGAUAUCUGGAAUGAAGAAAUCAUUACUGCCGCGAACUGGGUCUACUCAAUCAACUGGUACCAGUUUGGGCUCGACAUCGACCGUAAAUUAAAUAAGUUGACGGAUAAGGUUGUCCUGGUGGCAGAGAAGAAGUAA